AAGUUCGUUACAGCCACCCAAUAGCUGGUUCCUUAAGUAUAACAGGUUGGUUUGGUCUCUGACUUGGACAACCCUAAACCAAACCUUUUUUCCUUCUGUUUGUGUGGUGCUCUUUGUCUCACACAUAAGUGCCCCUUCCUCCUCCCCAAUUGCCAAAAGAUUUUUAAAUCGUUCAUUUAAUAUUAUAAUUUUAAUAAUUUUUCUCUCUACCAUAUAAUACUAUUUAUCCUUAUUAAACCUUCUCUUUCCUAUAUAAACUUGUCUCCAAAACUAGUUUCUCAUAAAAAAAAAAAACAGAUAGACACGAAGAUACUCACAAAGAGGGAGAUUGAAGGAGGGAUAUCAGAUCCCUAUUUGUAUUUGGGGUUGUCUUUCUGAACAACCCCAUCAUAUAUCAUUAAGAGGGGUAUCAAGAUCAAUCCUUGAUUAGCAAGAUCAUAAAUUUUCAUUCAUAUACACAAUUUACAUAUCGUAACAAGAUCACAUUUGUUUUGUUUUGUGUUGUUUGUGUUGUUGUUGUGUUGUUGAUCUCAUAAUAACAACAUGGAGGGUGAGAACAAGAAGUACAUCACAUCUGAGGAGCUGAAGGAGCACAAUAAGCCAGGGGAUUUGUGGAUUUCAAUCCAAGGGAAGGUUUACAAUGUUUCAGAUUGGGCAAAGGACCACCCUGGAGGAGAGGUUCCCUUGUUGAACCUUGCAGGCCAGGAUGUGACUGAUGCAUUCGUAGCAUACCAUCCAGGCUCAGCAUGGAAGUAUCUUGAUCCCUUCUUCACAGGGUACCACCUAAGAGAUUUCAAGGUCUCAGAGGUGUCAAAAGAUUACAGAAAGCUUGUGUCUGAGUUUGUCAAAAUGGGUCUUUUUGAGAAGAAAGAGCAUGUUACUCUUUACACACUGUCCUCUGUUGCUGUCAUGUUUUCAAUUGUUGUUUAUGGUGUCAUAGGGUGCAGUAGUGUGUGGGCUCAUCUUGGUGCUGCCCUUUUGUUGGGCUUGCUUUGGAUGCAAAGCACUUACGUGGGUCAUGACUCUGGCCACUAUGAGGUCAUGUCUAGCCCUGGCUACAACAAAUUGGCACAAAUCCUUUGUGGCAAUUGCAUGACUGGGAUAAGCAUUGCAUGGUGGAAGUGGACUCACAAUGCUCACCACAUCUCAUGCAAUAGUCUUGACUAUGAUCCUGAUCUCCAGCACAUACCUGUCUUUGCCGUGUCGACACGGUUCUUCAAUUCAAUCAAAUCUUGUUUCUAUGGAAGGAAAUUGGUGUUUGAUUCAUUAUCAAGGUUUCUCAUCAGCUACCAGCACUUCACAUUCUACCCAGUUUUGUGCUUUGCAAGGGUCAAUUUGUACCUCCAGACUUUGUUGCUGUUGUUCUCUAGGAGAAAGGUGCCAGAUAGAGCCUUUAACAUAAUGGGGAUCCUUGUGUUUUGGGUUUGGUUCCCUCUGUUGAUCUCUUCACUACCAAAUUGGGGAGAAAGGGUCAUGUUUGUGUUGGCAAGUUUUGCUGUUUGUUCAAUCCAGCACCUUCAAUUUUGUUUGAACCAUUUCUCAGCAGAUGUGUAUGAGGGCCCACCAAAUGGCAAUGACUGGUUUGAGAAGCAAACUGGUGGCACAUUGGACAUUUCUUGCUCCUCAUGGAUGGAUUGGUUCUUUGGUGGCUUGCAAUUCCAGCUUGAGCACCAUUUGUUCCCAAGGCUUCCAAGGGCACAAUUGAGGAAAAUCUCACCUUUGGUGAUUGAUCUUUGCAAGAAGCACAAUUUGCCUUAUAGGAGUUUGACAUUUGUUGAGGCCAAUCUUUGGACUCUUAAGACCCUCAGGACUGCUGCUCUUCAGGCCAGGAAUCUCAGUAACCCUUCUUCCCAGAAUUUGUUGUGGGAAGCUUUUAACACUCAUGGAUGAUUUUUGUGAAAAGAUUGAUGAUCAUCAAUCAAGUUUCUCUCUUUUUUUUCCCACCCUUUUGAAAAGCUUUUAAUCAACAUCUUGGUUGUCAAUUUGUUAGAUCUCACAUUUCUUAAUUGGGCAUGGAAUUUUUAAUCUCCCUUUUCUUGGGUAAGGAAUAAAAUGAUGAUCACUUGUUAUUAUGCAAAAUUCAUAUCAGAUUCAGAGGCUAUUCUGGUGGGUUCAGCAAGAAAUCUAUUACUUGGUUAAUCUCCCUUUUCUUGGGUAAGGAAUAAAAUGAUGACCACAUGUUAUUAUGCAAAAUUCAUAUCAGAUUCAGAGGCUAUUCUGGUGGGUUCAGCAAGAAAUCUAUUACUUGGUUAAUCUCCCUUUUCUUGGGUAAGGAAUAAAAUGGGGUAUUAUGCAAAAUUCAUAUCAGAUUCAGAGGCUAUUCUGGUGGGUUCAGCAAGAAAUCUAGUACUUGGAGGAGCGCAACUCGGAUGACUUGUUUUGGGGUACUAAUUGCUUUGCUUAUUUUAUGUUUUUAUGAUUUUGUAUUUGUAUUCUUUUAUGGUGAAUUUUUUAUGAUAUUGUUGUAAACCCAGCAUAUGUAGAAGAAUCUUUUCAUUUAGGUGUGCAACUUCGUGCUGAGUAGUUUACUACGAAGUUGGGUCCACCCGUGGUUGCUUCCACGUGAAAAUUUCGUACAUAAUAAUACUUCCAAAUUCGUGUUGAUGUC